AUGCAGAUUGGUACUGAGAGGGAGGAGAGAGAGAUCAGGGCAGAAGAGGAAGAAGAGACCCGGCAGAUUGCGGGGUUCAGGCGAGAGAGGCAUGACAUACGGACCGCAGAGAAACCACCACACUGAGCCUCACAGUGCGCCUUGAGGAGAAAAACAAGCGGCGCGUCACAUCUAGAAGAUCCCUGCUGCGCGAGCACAACUGUCGCGGUGCAGAUCGAACGUCGACCACCACCCAACUAUUCUCCUCGUGCAUUUCCCGUUAGCAGUUCUCUCUGGACGGACCGGCUCUGCCUGGCUGUGUGGAGCCAUGCCACCAUGCCGUUACCGAAUCGGUGCCCUGCCAGCGCUGCUCUGUCUCUGUAUGAUUUGGACCGGCGUCGCGGCAGAAACACAAGCUGAGAUUGACCCCACACCUCCACCCUCCUCCCCCUCUCCAGCCAUAGGGAACACAGACAGAAUCUCACCCAGGGGGAGAGGGCCCGAGGCUGGGUUAGGGCCCGGGGUGGGGAUGAGUGCCGCUGGUGAUCUGUUAGAGUCAGUCCUGGCUCAGAAGGAUCAUCUCUUCUCCCAGACAGGGGGAAUGGUCCUGCCCUCAGCUCUGCCCCAGGACCUGCUGCCUGUCCUGGGGAGAGAAAUGAGCACAGGGGGCCUUUCUGGAAGUUUGUCUCUGGAUCAACAGGGUCUGUUGAAGAGGAUACAACCCCCAGUUUCACAACCCCACGACAGCAGACCACCCCUCCCUUCACAGCCCUCCCAGCCCGACAGCAACCCCCUCACCUCCUCCUCUCAGCCCGUGACACACACACUGCCGGGACAGCGAGAUGAAGUCACCACUAUCGUCAUGGCGACCGUGGACGCAGACACAGACGUGGAUGCAGAAACAUCUUCACCGGCUGUGUCUGGCUGUAUGGUGAAUUUCUCCGACCCCGAGGGAUACAUAGACUCUUCUGACGACCCCCCCCUCCCAGAUGGAACAUUCCUACACUGUACAUACACCGUCACUGUGUACACAGGCUAUGGAGUCGAGCUACAGGUGAAGAGUGUGAAUCUGUCAGAGGGAGAGCAGCUGUCAAUCAGAGGGGUGGAUGAGGGCGGGGCCUUGCUGGUUCUGGCCAAUCACACACUGCUGGUGGAGGGUCAGGUGAUCCGAAGUCCGACCAAUAUCAUCUCAGUAUACUACCGCUCCUCGCCUGAUGGGAGCAUGGGCAUGUUCCAGCUACACUACCAAAUAUUCCGUCUGAGCUGUGCCCUGCCGAGGAGGCCUCACUUUGGGGAGGUGUCCGUGCUGGACUUGCUGCCAGGGGGCACUGCCCGCUUCCACUGCCAUAUGGGCUACCACCUGCAGGGGGCAGUGGCACUCAUCUGUCUCAACACAUCUCUGCCUGUCUGGAGCAGCAAGGAGCCAAGCUGUAGAGCGCUGUGUGGAGGGUCAGUGAAAAACGCUACAGUAGGGAGAAUCUUGUCCCCCUCUCCCCGCCUGGGUCCCACCGCCACCCAUGACCGCUCCUGCUCCUGGUCCCUGGAGGCCCCCACUGCACAGAGACUACACCUGCACCUGGAGAGACUGGCCCUCGAACCCACUGACAGACUUGUGUUAUGGAGCGGUCUGGAUGCUGGGUCUGUGGUGCUGUUUGACUCUGGGCGGGGUGGUCCAAUACCAUUUGAAGGGGUGAUCAGUGAGGGUCCAGCAGUCAGGGUUCAGUUCAUCACAGACCAACCUAACCACAAUACAGGCUUCAACAUCCGUUAUGAAGCUUUUGAGCGUGGGCACUGUUAUGAGCCCUACCUGCAGAAUGGUAACUUCAGCACCACUGACCAGGUCUAUGGAGUUGGAGCUGUGGUGCAGUUCAGCUGUGAUCCUGGUCACUCCCUGGAGCAGGGGCCGCCCGUCAUAGAGUGUAUCAAUGCCAGAGAUCCAUACUGGAACGACACGGAACCACUCUGCAAAGCUCUGUGUGGGGGGGACCUGGCAGGUCCAGGGGGUGUUAUCCUGUCUCCUAACUGGCCAGAGUGGUAUGGAGAGGGAGAGGACUGCAGCUGGAGGAUACAUGUAGGGGAGGACAAGCGCGUACUGCUCGAAGUACAGCUUUUGAACCUGAGUGACAGUGACAUGUUGACCAUCAUGGAUGGUGAUGAGGUCACCCCCCAUAUUCUGGGCCAGUACGUGGGCGGGGCCGGGCCUUUCAAGAUACAGUCCACAACCCCUGACCUCACCGUGACCUUCCACUCCGACCCUGCCGGCCUCGUUUUCGGCAAGGGAGAGGGUUUCAUCAUCAACUACAUGGAGGUGUCCCGUAACGACUCGUGCCCGGACCUCCCGGAGAUCCAGAAUGGCUGGAAGACCACGUCCCAUACUGCCCUGGUGCGGGGUGCUCGCAUCACCUACCAGUGUGACCCCGGCUAUGACCUGGUUGGACGAGAGACUCUGACCUGUCAGCUAGACCUCACCUGGAGCACACAGCCCCCCUUCUGCGAGAAGAUAAUGUACUGUUCAGAUCCGGGUCAUGUAGAACAUUCCACCAGGUCUCUGUCAGACCCUAAACUCUUGGUUGGGACCACCAUCCAGUACAGCUGCUACCCCGGCUUCAUCCUGCAGGACGGCUCUACACUCACCUGCUACGGACGAGAGCCCGGAACCCCUGUCUGGACAUCCAAAUUGCCUCACUGUGUCUCGGAGGAAUCUGUUUCCUGCGAGAACCCUGGUCUUCCUGACAACGGGUACCAGGUCCUGUCCAAGCGCCUCUACCUGCCCGGCGAGUCGCUCACCUUCGUCUGUUACCAAGGUUAUGAGCUCAUCGGCGAGGUCGCCAUCAAGUGCAUCCUGGGAAAUCCGUCGUUUUGGAGCGGACCACUCCCACUGUGCAGGGCCAACCAUGACUGCUUUGGCAACCAUGCUUUGGAAGCAACACUGCUCACUGCAUCCAAGUUGCUGGAUAUAGGCGUUUCAAAGAGCUGUCAGUCAAGGCGAGCUCAUAAAUUUGCGGAAGCAGCUGCCGGGUCAGGUCUGGAUGGAGGCAACAUGGCAUUGGCUAUCUUCAUCCUUGUACUUCUACUCUCCGUGCUGCUGGGAGGAGCCUAUGUCUACGUCACACGGUGUCGCUACAACUCCAACCUGCGGCUGCCACUCAUCCACCCACACCCCUAUAGCCAGAUCACAGUGGAGAGCGAGUUUGACAACCCACUCUACGAGACAGGAGGGGACACCCGUGAAUAUGAGGUAUCAAUAUGAGGACUUUCUCAACUGUUAGAAUCCCAAAAUGAAGAGGCUUCCACCCAAACAAACCCACUCCAUACCCCUUCUCCUCCUCAGCCCCACCCAAAAGGAAGUGAUGUAAAUACAGACUGACUAUAGAUUUGCCCCUUCCCCCAAUCACAGAAAGAGGAAACGGCGAGAGGAAAGAUGAGUAGGAAAUGGAGUGGAGAGGAGAGGGGGAGAAAAUAGGAGGAGAGGGGAAACGAGAGGACAGGAGUUACUGGCUGUUUCUCAAUAUUCUGACUACCAUUCUCUUAGCACGGUUGGAGUAUGAGUCCAAAUCAAAGUAUGCGAAAUGGGGUGCGUACUUUGCUUGUAAACAUUUCGAAGCGUGCAUAAAUGCAAGCUUCAACUGAAAUAUUCCCAGGAUUGUUGACAUAAUAUGACGCAACCACAUAAAAAAACAACGCAACAUUUCUUGAAAUCAAUGGCGGCUGGUUUUGAGCUGAAGCGAGAGAAAAUGAACUCCGACUUUGGAAUGAAAAGUUGCCCACUCACAUCUCAUAUGUUGCCUGACUACAAUAUUUUAUCUUGAUCUUGUUCAUUUUGGCAUAUUUAACUGCCUAGAAUAUCCACUGUAGUAGUGUGCAUAGACAGCAGGCUAACUGAUGAAGAAUUGGUAGCUAACUUUAGCUAGCUAAUGUUAUCCACAAAGAAUUCGUAGCUAACGUUGGCCAUCCACCCUUCAUAACAAUAUUAGUUUUAGGUUGUUGUUUUUUUGUACAGCUAGCUGGCUAGCUAGAUUAAUACGAUUCACAUAUAGCUAGCUGAUAAUUACAAGCGUGGGCUUGCUUUAUGUAGUUCAUGUUUUGUCUGUAUUGGUCAAAGUUAAUACAGUAGAACGGGAGUGCGCAGUGCUUCUCAAAUGUACAUUUAUAUGCAUUCUCCACACUCUCGUCCUCACAAGAAUGUACUCAAGAGAACGUCCUCGGAGAACGAACUAGGAGCAUGAGAGUGUGGAGCAUGGCAGCAGCAUAUUGAGAAACCCACUGUGAACAGGGCUGCAGGCGUUGGGAGAUAAAGAGACAAACACUAUUUACUCAUGUGUCUACUAUUAGCUAUCAAAUAGAGGGACAGGGGGAGGGAGAGAGGGGAAGGAAUAGGUGGGGAGAGAGGGGGACAGAAGGAGGAUGAUGGGUGAGAGAUAUAGGAGGGGAUAGAACCAAAGGGAACUAAAGUAUUGGUACAUGAAUGGGGUCCAUUGAGAUGUAAAACAUAGGGGUACAUUGUCACCCUAGAAUCUGACACAGGAAGUGAGGUUACUAUCUCUUCCUGUCUGGGCCCCAUCUUCCUGCAUUUCUAAGGCCUUGUCUUAGAACAGUUUGUAGUACUGGUUUUACCAUAGUAACUGACCUUCCAUGUGCAAGCUCAACCAACCAACCAUAACACCAGAAGAGACCGGCACCAGAUUAUGUAUUUAUUUUGAUGUAAAUGUGAUGUUUUAUGCAGAUUAAUUCAUGUUCAUUUUCAUUUUGAGAAGAAAAAAAUAAAAUGUACCAUGUUACUGAUUUCCUGAAAUAAAUGGUCAAAUAAAAAGUAUAAUAGAAUCUUUCUAAAAAAAAAAAAAAUCAAAAACACUUGUCUUUGUCAUCUGUUAUUUCUUCGAGGGCUGGGGAUGAUCAGGUGACUCCCUGGCUGUGUCACACCUACAAGAUCUAGAAACAGUCACAACAGUCACUAUGUCACUACGCAUAACAUGGAACAACUGUUUUACACUUGGAACAUGAAGAAAAGAACAUGUCUCUCCAUUCUGGCUAAUUCAACAGUACAUCCAUACAGACCCACACAUGUUGUAGCUCAAUACUUCCUCAUGGGUUCCUUUUCCGGGAGCACUACCUGGUAGGCUUCACACUCAAACUAGUUCACCACAGUUCAGCUUCCUCUUCCGUCCGUUAAGAAAGUACCUCUCUACCUUUACUUCAACAAGCCAUCCCAGGGUGCGGGCGAACCUGUGACCGUGCUGGUCCGGGACGGGUGGAGGGUCAGUUCUGACGUUCCCCUGGUGUUUGUGGGAGGGGUGCCUCGCUCCGGGACCACCCUGAUGAGGGCCAUGCUGGACGCCCACCCUGCGGUACGGUGUGGGGAGGAGACGAGGGUCGUGCCCAGGAUACUGGGCCUAAAGCUGGGCUGGGCUGCUGAGAAGGAGGGGGUCAGCACCAAGGUCCUGGACCGAGCGGUCACUGCCUUCCUCCUUCAGAUCAUAGCAGGACAUGGGGAGUCAGCACCUCUACUCUGCAAUAAAGAUCCCUUUACUUUGAAGAGCGCUAAGUACCUCGCUCACCUUUUUCCCAAGUAGGUCUGACUUACUUUACUAUACACACACACACACACACACAUACUCUUAGAAAAGAAGGUGCAAUCUAGAACCUAAAAGGGUUCUUCGGCUGUCCUAAUAGGAUAACCCUUUGAUAGCCCUUCUUGGGUUCCAGGUAGGACCCUUUUGGUUCCAAGUAGAACAUUUUGGGGUUCCAUGUAGAACCCUUUCCACAGAGGUCUAGAUGGAACCCAAAAUGAUUCUCCCUGGAACCAAAAAAGGGUUUUACCUGGACCCCAAAAAGAUUCUACAAAGGGUUCUCCUAUUGGGACAGCCGAAGAACCCUUUUGGGUUCUAGAUAUAACCUUUUUUGAUGAGUGUACACUGACGCAAAAGCCUCUGUCACCAUACAUAAUGGUGUGAUCGAGUGUGGCUUUUCACAUGCUGACCCAUGUGAGCAAUAUAGACAGUACAACUCAUUAGUGACUCACUAGGCAGCCUGGUUACCUCCUACAGAACACAUCGUAUAACUGAUUACCAGAGCUCAAAGUCCUGACAGAACAGGAGAUAACUUAUCUACUUUUUCACUGACUCCGCCUCCUCUCCAGGCCUGAAACCGGGGUUAGCUA